AUGAGUCACCACGAUACCAACCCUUUCGCCGAUGAAGAGGUCAAUCCUUUCGCGGAUCCAUCAGUUAAGAAAGGAUCAGGCGGCCGUGGAGGUGGAGGUUCUUUUUUUUCUACAUCAGGGAUUUCACCCCUUCCUCCUGAACCGUAUGAGAGUGGUGCAACAAUAGAUAUUCCUCUUGAUACUCAUUCUACCAAGGAUAUCACAGCAAAGGAGAAAAAACUUAAAGCAAAAGAGGCUGAACUGAAAAGGCGAGAAGAGGAAUUAACGAGGAAGGAGGAAGCAAUAAAAAAAGCUGGAAUAGUGAUAGAGGUGAAAAAUUGGCCAGCAUUUUUUCCUAUUAUCCAUAACGACAUCGCAAAUGAAAUACCAAUCCACCUACAAACAACCAUGUAUGUUGCUUUUGCAACAUUGAUAGGUUUGGUUAUCUGUCUUCUCUACAAUAUGGUGGCUGUUACUACAGCAUGGACCAAGGGAUACAGUCCAAUAAUUUGGCUUCUUGCCGUCAUAUAUACCUUAACUGGCAUCCCUGGAGGCUUUUACUUGUGGUAUCGCCCUCUUUAUCAGGCUGCGAGGACUGACAGUGCGCUGAGGUUUGGAUCGUUUCUCUUGGUUUACUCGGUCCAUAUAGCAUUUUGCGUCCUUGCUGCAAUUGCCCCUGAAUUGGUUUUCCGAGGCGGGUCCAUGACAGGUAUUUUGGCUGCAUUGUCUAUCUCCCCCCAAGAUCGUGCGUUGGGGAUAAUAUACUUCGUCGGUUCUGCAUUAUUUUGCUGUGAAUCACUUGUGAGCAUCUGGGUUAUUCAGCAAGUAUUCAUGUACUUCCGAGGCAGUGGCAAAGCUGCAGAGAUGAAGCGUGAGGUUGCAAGACAAACCAUGAUGACAGCACUAUGAGAGGAGAAGAGGUGUAUUGGAAGA